GUUUGACACAUUGGAGUUUGCAUCGGUUAGCUUCAAAACAAUUGCUUUUGUGGACUGUGCUGUGAUAAAGCUAUUUGUAGGAUUUUCUUUCCUGUAGAGAAAACAAGAACCACUGCGUACGCCAUUUCUGGAGAUGAUUGAGAUGCGUAAAAAGCCGCGCACAAACAAAGAAAAAGGAUAGCGCAGCGUACUUUCUUUCCCUGUUUUCCCUUACCAAACCAACGCAAAGGGCGAGCAUUUUGGGCGUUGAAGGAAGGGUUCUUCGCUGUACAAAUUGCCCUGUGAUAAGGAAAUUCCUAUUGCGUUUGAAUACGGCUGGCUUAUUUUGCUGUUUUUUGCUUCAACUCUCCAGCCUCGACACAUCCACCCUCCCCUUCCACUUGACCGUUCGAUAUGGAUGUUCGUUCAGCAACGUUGGAACGUGCGACGGAAUUGAUCAAAUGCUGCAAAGUGCCACGACUGCUCGACGCCAACAUCGAGGAGGCUCCCCUAGAAAGGGCCACUUUUGAGCAUUUUCUGCACGUGUUGGAUGGAACGUUACCGACGGUGUUCGAUCUGCUUGCCGAGCAUGGCCCACUGCUGACCGGUUACGAUGCGUACAAUGAGGACGAUAAUGUUGAGUUCAAAGCAGGACUGGCACUUGUGAUAGCCGAACAGUACAGCACCGCGCAAACAUCGGACGGAGGCGAAGACCGUGGCCACGGUGAGGUGUAUCGCACCAGUAAGGCGUCACUGCGGAAACGUAUCGCCCAGUACUACGAGGGCCACGAACUGGAGCAUCUGCUGACUGACAAGGGCAGUGAUCGGGUUUGGCAUCGCUUGUACGAGCACUAUCGGCUGGUCCUGUCCGCGACCGAGUGGAAAUAUCAUCCGGCCGAUGCAGCAGGGUUUGUACAGUUGGUCGAACUACUGUACGGUCCGUACACGCUGCACGUCGCUAGCCCACCGGAGCUGAAUGAUGACGCAGCGGCAUACAUUCUGUCGGUGGGCAUUACGUUGGUGGAAUUUUUCGAACCGGCCUAUCGAUUGAUGGGUGUAAGAUUGUUUUGCAUGCUGUUGGGUUCGCGCCAUCGACCGUGCAUGCGGCGAACCAACAUACACCGCGUGGUGUACAGCAAUGCGAAGAAGCUGGUCUUGAAAUGUAAUCAGGAACACUUUCUUGAAGCCCUAUGGAAAUGCUUUUAUCUGUACGUGGAGUUGGAGGAGGCGGAUAGGAAAGAUUUUACCGCGUGGAGCACGGUCGACGACAUUAUGGAGAUGCUUUUGAAUGGACUUACGUUUCAAACGAAACUCGACAUGGCCAGCAUCUAUCUGCUGUACCUGGUGAAGCUUCUCGCACUAGAUCUGCCCAACUACAUUAUCGAUGGGUUGGACGAGAUUCAAUCGAUCGACCGAAAGUGCCAGCUGUACGAACCGGUUUGCGAGCAGCUGCGGCAAGAUUGUCUCGAUGGGUUCCACAACCGACGGUACUACCGGUGGCUGCAUCAGAUCAUUCAACUGCUGCCACACGAAGCCGUUAAGUGCCAGGGUACAUCGAGGGAGCAGGGCAGAUAUUGUCAUGGUGUCAAUCUACUCUUCAUACUAGUCACGUUCCCGGUCGAACCGGAAGCACUACGGCCAACCCAUUUAGGGAUGCAGACGAAUCUGGUCGAAUUUAUCAACGUAUUCAAACAGUACGAACAGCAGCAAAGUGCGCUCGCAGCCAAACGGUCCAGUGCAACGAGCGAUUUCGUGUACAACACCAAAGCGCUGGUGUCGGUCAGUAAGACGAUGUUGGUUUUUCUCACCACACUCGCACCUCAUUACUUUCCCGACCAUCCCGCAAUGGCAUCGCUCGGACAGAAGCUGGCGGACGAUUAUGCAGAUUGUGAUUCCAUCAUGUACAAUUGUAUGCAAAGUUUGAUAGAAAAGUUACGCUAAGUGCUGCUGCACAAUGAAUGGAAGCAGAAUGCACGUAA